GCUGUCUCGAGACAUCCAGGUUGAGAGAAAAAAGAAUACAUUUAUAGUAGCCAAGAGAACUGUCUCUGGCAUGCAGAGGUUAAGACCUAAAAUUGAAGCCAUUUUAACAAAGAGCCAGGAGGCUACUCAUUUUCUUCUUCUGAUUACCAUCAUGUCCACAGAUGGCGGCUUUGGUGCAGGGGGCAACAGCGAUGCCCAGCAAUGCCUUCAGUCAUUCUGGCCACGGGUCAUGGAAGAGAUUCGGAACCUUACUGUGAAAGAUUUCAGAGUCCAGGAGCUUCCUUUGGCACGCAUUAAGAAGAUCAUGAAACUUGAUGAAGACGUGAAGAUGAUCAGCGCUGAAGCACCUGUGCUGUUUGCCAAGGCUGCUCAGAUAUUCAUCACGGAAUUAACAUUGCGGGCAUGGAUACAUACAGAAGACAACAAACGCAGGACUUUGCAGAGAAAUGACAUUGCCAUGGCCAUAACCAAGUUUGAUCAGUUUGACUUUCUCAUUGACAUUGUUCCAAGGGAUGAGCUUAAACCUCCAAAACGCCAGGAGGAAGUGCGCCAGGCCGUGACUCCGGCAGAGCCCGUCCAGUACUACUUCACGCUUCAGCAACCUGCAGCCGUCCAGGUACAGGGGCAGCAGCAAGGGCAGCAGACAACCACCUCCACGACCACCAUCCAGCCAGGGCAGAUCAUAAUCGCGCAGCCUCAGCAGGGGCAGACCACCCCCGUGACCAUGCAGGUGGGCGAGGGCCAGCAGGUGCAAAUUGUCCAGGCACAGCCACAAGGACAGACGCAACCAGCGCAGAGCGGGACCGGGCAGACCAUGCAAGUGAUGCAGCAGAUCAUCACCAACACGGGUGAAAUCCAGCAAAUCCCGGUUCAGCUCAAUGCUGGCCAGCUGCAGUAUAUCCGUUUGGCUCAGCCCGUGUCGGGCACUCAGGUGGUCCAGGGACAGAUCCAGACGCUCACGGCCAAUACACAGCAGAUUGCACAGACUGAAGUUCAGCAGGGACAGCAGCAAUUCAGCCAGUUUACUGAUGGACAGCAACUGUAUCAGAUCCAGCAAGUGACCAUGCCUGCCGGUCAGGAUAUCACCCAGCCCAUGUUCAUCCAGUCCACCAAUCAGACGACAGAUGGACAGGCCCCCCAGGUCACAGGAGAUUGAGCUGGCCCAGCAGGAAGGGUCUCCGGAUGGGACAGAGCCUGCACCAACUGGAUUACCUUGCUGCCAGCCUGGCCCGAAGAUGCUUCUCUGCCCUGCCCC